AGACCACAGAGUUUUGAGCAAUAUUUUGGAAUCGUUCUGCUGCUUGAUUGUUUAAUAUUUUGCGUUCUUUUGAACAAGAAAAGUCAUCUACUUCUUCAAACAUUAUUGUAUGUUUGCCUAAAAUCGUUAAUUAUAUGUUGCUUUCUUUCAGAAGGUUGUAGUUCAUCUUCAUACACGGCCAAGAAAGACCAUCAAGAACCAUACCGCACGAAUGGGUACACUACUACUACUACUAACCAACAAGAAACAAGUCUAGCUUCUUAGUACUAACAACUUCUUGUAGCCAAUAUCUAUCACUUCAUCUUAAACGGAAAAAAAGGUUCCAUGACGUGACAUCUUAAACUUCUCUAACCACUUCGAGAAAGAAAGAUGAUUCGUUGGGCGGGUGUUCAUCUCGUGUUGGCGGGCAGCUACUUCUAUCUACUGUCGCAGCAGCAGCAGCAGCAGCUGGUGUCUGCAAGAAGAACUUUCCCUGGUCGUACUAUUGCUAGUCCUCGUGCUCGUUCUCAUACACCUGCGCCGGGAAUGCGUUUCGAAGACUUUCUUCAAGGACACGCGAGGGAAUGGGGAAUGCCUCAAAAGGAGAACGAAACGCGAGAGGAGUGGAUUGAAAGACUGAAGAAAGAGCACGACCGACGAGAGCGAGAAGAAAAUCCAGAAGAAUGGCAACAAAUGGAGGCCGGUCAAAGAGCACAGGGUUUCGAGCGUGAACGAAAUCGUUAAGGGUUUCCGAAUUACAUCCCUCACUACCGUCUUUGGCUCCUUUUCAACAAGGGGGAAAUAGGUCAAGGAUGCUCUGAAGAAUGCAACUCGCCAACCUUUAGCACCGUCAUGCUCGUGACACGGGAGGGAGUUCGUUCACACUCUUUCUUCAAGCGCAUGCCCGUGCGUCGGGAAUUCCUGAUGAGGAGGUUGAAACGCGUGGGCACUGGACUCAGCGAUUGUGGGUGGAAUAUCUAAAGCGAGAACUUCAAGCUGCGCAAGAGAAACUGGCCGCACAAGGAUCGCAGGCAAACAACAGUUCUUAAGGCUCGUCAAUGCACCAUCAAAAUCAAUUCAUUUAUUUCAUAAUUUCUACAACAAUCAAGUGUACUUCUAGUCAUUUCUCCCUGCUGGGUUCUUCUUAGGAUUGUUUCUUGGAAGAAAUGAUUCUUUCUUGGGAGAAAUGCAGGCAUAGGCAAGAAGUGAACUACUUCAGUGUUUGAGCUCUAAAACAGAAACGGCGCCUCAGGCAGUGCAGGACUAGUCGUAGGCUGCGUGCUUGGUGGCGUCACUGGUAUACUUCUCAUUGUGCUUCUAUUGUGGUGGUGCUGCUGUUGCCGAAAAAAAUGAUGUGAUAAUUUUUGGACGACGCUUACAUACUUAACAGUCUUUGGAUGAUGGUUCCCUAGCCUAACCAUGAUCGCCUUCCCAACCUAACCUCCUGGCUGUGAUCUGCUGCGGCCGAUCAAAGAAGUAGGAUGAAAAGAGUCUAGGAGUAAGUGGUGAUAUUGGACAAAACAUCAAGGUUUACUUGAUUGUAAGUAUAAUACAAAUACCUACAAGUGACAGGAUUUUCAAUUUUAUGGUACAAUAUGUCCUCCUUGAGGCGUUUCGUCGGAGCUGCCGUCAGCACCUUGUGUGAAGACGCAGUCGAGGCAUCUGAUCCUAUCCUAUCCAGGAUUCUCAGGGUAACAGAGACAACAUAAAGAUAUUAUUCUUGGAAUACUUGUAGACUAUUUUUAGAACAUUAGAGUCGUAUUUACAGCCGUAGUUUUUGCGUUUUGUCUUUCCGAUUUAGGACUUGGUAUGAUGGAAAAAUAAAUUUUAUGAAAAGUCGUGCUAUUUGAACUUGUGGGUUUAUUGCUUUCGUGGCUGC